GGAAAGGCACCAUUUAAGCUCCGGGCCCCUCCAUCUCUGUCCGGAACCUGCUCACCAACAGGAUAUCGCGGUACAAAUCAUAUCAAAAAACCACAAAGCCCUACAAAAUUCCAGGUAGGGUAAUCAGACAAGAUAGCCAUGAAAAAGGUCUUGCUAGUCGGGAAUAGAGACAUCUCCCGCACUAUCAUCAGCGCCUUGACUUCCAAGUUCGAGGAUAAUCGUUGCCCUUAUCAGGUAUCCGUCUUGACAUAUCCCUCUCAAGAGCCAUACCUACCCCCACACGUGUCCACCGGAAAUGUCCGGCAUAAGACGUCCGACUUUACACCGGCCUCCCUUGCGCGAGAGUUCGCCGGACAAGAGCUGGUAAUCAGCACUAUAGCCGGUUGCAACUACCAUCUCCAAGCUACCAUCAUCGAUGCCGCUAUCGCUGCGGGUGUGAGGCGAUUCAUACCGCACGAAUUCGGCUACGACACCUUGAACGAGAAAGUACAGGCAAGGAGCUCCAAAGGCACGGACCGGGCAAAGGUCAUCGAAUACCUUCGUCAUGCCCACAAGACGAAUACAAGCUUCGAGUGGGUGGCUGUAGCAGUGGGUUGUGUUUUAGAUACCAUGCUCCUCACCGGCGAUCUAGGAUUCGACAUGGAAUGGCAGAGCGGUACAAUACCUGGUAGCGGGGAGGAAGUUUUUCCGGCGACCAGCCUCAAAAGAGUGGGGACUGUGGUCGAGAGCAUCAUUCAACAUUGGGAUGCGGUCAAGAAUCAGUUCGUCUAUGCCGCUAGCCUCUUGACGUCCGGCAAUGAGAUUGCGGCCGCCUUGGAGAGGAUGUCUAGCUCAAAGUGGAGUGUAGGUUAUUCUGAUGUUGACGACUGCGUAAGAGAAGGCGAAUCAAGGAUCGAUCGAGGGUUUCCGGACUCUGGCAUGUUCCUUUUGGAGAGAAGCGUGCUUUACGACGAGCGAUUGGGCGCAACAGACCCCUUCCGGUAUCGGAGCGUGAACGAGCUCCUAGGAUUGAAGCCAGAAGAAGUUGACUCAGUUGCCCGCACUGCCUAUCAUGAAUUUCGACAUCGAGGCAAACCGGCUUGUGGGUGCAGCAGUUGAGAGUCCUUGCCAACAAUCGUGUGGUGCCAUGCCGACUCAUCCAGCAGGAAGCAUCGCUUUCCAACACGGGUCGCUUCUGCAAGUAGCUCGAAAGUCUUACGAUGAUUCGGCACUGUUGAGUCCUCGUAGACGGACCGGAGAGUGUCCGCGCCGGACGACGGAUGCGAAAUGUGGCCCGUUCUGCUGAUUCCGUGGUAGCACUUACGACUGCGGAGACAACAACUGCAGACGCCAGAUGCCUGCAUUUGUUCCUCAAAGACCCGACUUCACCGCUACUCCCCACCCUUCUUUACUAGGCCUUCUCGUUUUCUUCCGGGGCCCUGCAGCCCUCCGCC